AUGGCAGGACAACCUGCAAGUCCAGGGGUGGUCACCGGCACCAAAGGUAGUACUGGAAAGGAGAAAAAAAUCGUAUCUCAGAAUAAGGAGACCGACAAAGCCAAGGAGGUACCCAGAUGCCAAGAAACUGGAACAUGUCAGCUGUUUCAAUCCAGUCAUGCGGUGGAUGGAGACAUUAACACGUGUACAAGGACAGCACCUUUUGGAACUACAACUUCAGAUAAAUGGACAUGGUGGUAUGUUGACCUUGAGAAAGUACUCAGCAUCUUCAGUAUCAGAAUACAGUUCAAAGACUAUGGAGAACAAUAUGUCAUGAGACAAAGAGGACGUUUUUCUGGUUUCUCGCUCUAUGUAUCAAACACAACUAUAAAGGAGGAUGGGUAUCUAUGUUACAAGAACGGACAGGAGUUACCGACCUUGGAUUUCAGUACAACUUGUGUUAAACAUGGACGUUACGUUAUAUUUUACAAUGAAAGACUUGACGGAACAACUUAUCCUACUGGAUAUGAAACAACCCUAGUUUUCACUGAAUUGUGUGAAGUAUCUGUAACAGGUUGUAAAGAUCCCGGUGUGUAUGGAUAUAACUGUGAUCUACUCUGUCCAAACAACUGUCAGGAAUCGAAAUGUGACAUUGUCAACGGAACGUGUUUGGGUUGUACUGCAGGAUGGGUGAGAGAUUUUUGUAACAAAUCAUGUCCAGCUGGAUAUUACGGUUUACAGUGUAGAUCUACGUGUACUGGACACUGCAGAGACAACCUGUCCUGUAAUCACACCACUGGACAAUGUGACUAUGGAUGUGACAACGGAUGGACAGGAAUACAUUGCAACACACAGUGUCCAGCAGAAUCAUACGGUCCUGAUUGUGUGUAUAACUGUAGUGGACAGUGUCUGAGUUACCUCCCUUGUAACAGUACUACAGGGAGAUGUGAAGGAGGCUGUAAUCCAGGAUAUACCGGAGAACUCUGUGACAAAAGUGAGAUGUUGAAGGUGUAG